GGAACAACUGAUUGGGCUGUGCCUGACAUGGGGCUGUGAGGAGCCAAUCCGACGAUCAAUUAGAUAAUAUUCGAACCAUGGAGGAGGUUUCGUUUCUUUCCCGUCUGAAUUCUGAGGUGCAGUGUAAUUUCAAUUGUUCUUAACAAAUGGCCACUCUGUUUUCAAAAUUGGCGGUGGUAAGAGGCGGAGAUGGUGUGUACGUAGCGGCCGUGCCACUAAGAGCCACAAAGGGCCCCGCCCAACUCCUUGCUUCCGCUGCUUACUCUUUUAACAUCUGGGAUUUGCAGCAUUUCAUGGUUAUCAUCGCACCUUCUUCCCCAACUUCUCGUUCUCAGGCUUUGGUUUUUGAUUUCCAACCUAAAGAUCCGGAAGAUAUACAAGUUGCUCUGGCUGUUCUUUCUGGAAAAGCAGUACCAGGAGUUGUUCGUGAAAGGAAGUUGUCGAGGCUGCCAAAAUACAAAUGUUCAUAUAUUGGAUCGUCGGAAGCAAACGCUGUAGAAGUCGCUCGUAAGUUCAACGAAAGUUGGGAUACUAAUUUGAAGAUUGGUCAUCAUGACUGCAGAGACUACACAAAUGGCUUGGUUGAGGCUCUGCUUGGUGAAGAAAAUGUGUUGGAGUACCUUAGACAGAAUUCGUUUAGCAUUGAAUGAUGUACAAUUCAUCAAUCUGCACACUUGAAUUCAUAUAAUAGCACUUGAUCUACUCUGAAUGGUUACUUUCUGUAUUAAAAAUAGUUGCCUUCUAUCCAGUUUGCUCUGUGGCUGCUUGUAAAUGUGGUGAUGUAAUUUGCAGAGAGAACAAUUUAUCUCCACUGGUCUACCUGUUUACCUUUUUUUGU